GAAGUGCCACCCAGGGCCGCGGCGCGGCGCGCCCCGGCGGGGCAGGCGAAGCGGGCGCCGCAGGCGGGCAGAAGCGCGGCCGCGACCGCCGGCGGAUGCCAGGCGCCGUACAGCCUCUUCUUCGCCGCGCUGGACAGCCCGCCGCGCACGUCGGCCGCCCGCCCGGUGCCUCCCCUGGACGGCUUGGCGCAGGUGUCCAGGCGGUCGUCCCUGCGACGGCCCCCGCAGGACAAGCGGAAGGAUUCCGUUGCAGGCGUCAGCGACCAGAGCGACGAGGAGUGGCGCAGCGAGCUGAUCCUCGGGACGACCGGGAGCGCCGGCCAGGACCUCGAGUGGAUGGAGCCUGCCGCUCCGCGGGGGCCCCCGGAGGAGCCGCCGCAGGGUGGCGAGGCCGGAGUCUUUGACGAAGGCGCUGCGUGCACCCUGGCCCUGCGCGCGCUCGGGCAUCUGGCUGCUGGCGCGUUGCUGUCUACAAGGGCCCGCGCCGUCGUCUGGCACGGGCUGCUAGCGCGUCCUGCCUGGGGGCCGCUACCAGCGGCCGCUCUGCCGCCGGGCGCGCGACCGGUCGGCGCCGGCCUCUGGCGGGCUCUGCUUGGGAGCCGCUUCUUCGACGGCGCAACGACAGGUCUUGCCGCGCCAGUGCUCUACCAGUGCGCGGCCGCGUCCAGCGGCCGCGCUUGCCCCGCGCGAUGUUGCGCGGCAGUGCGCGGCCCAUGCGUCUCGACCACGGCAGUUGCGGCAGCGGCGACGACGGCGCCACCGACCCAUGGCUGGUGCAGCGACAACGACGGCCACGCAGCCAACCGCGACGAGCGUUACUGCGGCGACGACAUCGGACCUGAUUGCGCCGACUCGACGGUCCACGCCGCCGUCUUGGAAGUCGCGGGCUACGCGAUAGUUGGCGCCGCCGCACGCGACGUCACCGCGCGGGGCGCAGCGAAUUUAUGCGGGGCGGAGACGCUGGUGAACCGCGAUGUGAAGCUCAGUGAGCCGGCUACUGUGCAGGCGCUGUCGUCCAGGUGGCGCCUGCGAGACGAGCGGGGCACCGACCGCGCGCUCCUGAUUGAGUGCGACGCGGUGUCUUUGGCCAGGGCCCGCACGCAGCUCAGGCGAACCCAGGCUUUCAGCGCCGCGGUGGUGGCCAUGGAGUCGACCACCACGCUGCGUCGCUUUCCCGCGGGCGGAGACGCGUCGGCCACCGACCGCCGCGCGGCCGCCGCUUCCCACGCGGAUCGGCGACCGUCUGUGCGCGCUCCGCGCCCGGACGGUCCUGGCGGAUAUGGGUAUGUCCACGUCCGCCUCCAUUGGAAAGACAUCGCCUGCAACGCCGGCGUCGCGUGCACCUCCGCCGGUGGCGACGGCGCGCGCAGCAGGCUCAACCUCGCGAUCUUGAGCGUCGCUCUGCUGACCUUCGUGGCCAUCUACUUCUCUGGCUCAGCGGCGAUGUCGCGCAGCCGCUGA